AAAGCCUCUUCUGUUUAUUGUCCCUCCAGGUCCAUUCUGCUUCCAGCCACCUGCGACCAUCAUCCGCAUCUCGCGAGCCGGCAACACCUAAUUCGCCGCCGUUCGCCCGUCAUCUUGCACUGAACGCGAUUAGCGUGCGUUUGCUCGACUUCAUCUCUCUGCAAAUCCACCGCUGCCCUAAGAUAUUAUCUUCCUCUUUCAAUAGUUUCAAGUUAUGGCUGUGAUUUUGAGACCUAUUUUUGCCUAAUGGUAUGAAUUGCAAAAUACAUUCCAUUCAAGAAUCAAAAUUAUCUCCUAUCUUUGGGUAAUUGCCUGAAUUGUGUAGCCCCUAUUUUGUCGAAUUAAAGCUAAAUUUAUUCGGCCAAGUUCGCACAGAAUCAAAUUGUUAGGGUACCAACUGGGCAUUUCAAAAUCAUUGAAGACUAAAUGUUAUGUCCUGCUAAAGAUUGUCGCAACCCCAAUGUCUCCAGUAAAAACAUAUUCACAUUUCACUCACCAGGCUGUUCUCAAACAUAGUUUAGUGGAACUUUUGCCAGAUGACAUUCAUAUUGGGUGCAAUGGAAGAGUUCACAUUGCAUUCACGGAGAAACUUUGGUGGAGGCCAAGGGGUUUGCUGGUUGAUCAGUUUGAUUCUAAAGAGGAUCUUAUAAAUGCUGUAAUGACAUCUUCUCUUAUUCCCGGAUAUCUUGCUCCAAGACCUGCCACAAUGUUCCGAAAUCGACUUUGCUUCGAUGGGGGUUUGACAUUAUUCAUGCCACCAACUUUUGCCUCUUAAACAGUAUAUUCUACUUUCUUCCCAUCUUGGAUUAUCUAUUUUCUUCCCUCUAUAAUUUGCAAUAUCAUAAGUAGGUAACAAAAAAUCUAAGCUUGUCAAGUGAAAGUAAAACUUGCCUGAAAUGACUGAAUUGACUUAAUGGACUGAAUUUGCUUAAAAUACAGUUAAAAAUUUGAAUUGGUAGAAUUUGCUAGACAAUCCUUCAAAUAUACAAUUUAAAACAUUUCCUGAUACAUGAAAGUAAAAUAAUACUCCCACCAUUCUUUAUUAAGUGUGUGUUUCACUUUCUAUGGCACCUAUGGUUAAUUAAGUUAUAGUGUAUAG